AUGGACUGCGAGAGUGCUCAAUCCGCUGCGGGCAUUGACCCCAAGAUCCUCGAUAGCUAUCAAUCAGACACCGUCUUCACUAUACCGUGGGAAAACUCAGGCUACGAGCGGCCGCUGGAUUGGGAUACGAGUCAGGAUUCGAACCAUAGCGACUCUGAGUUCGCAGACCUUAGCGGAAGCACUGGUCUUCUGGGACAGCCCGGCGAUUACCACAGCGAUGAUUGCAGUAGCAAACAUGCAACAUCGCCAGACAAGUUCGGGCUAGCCGAUGCAUCUGUGGAGGGGACCCUCAGCAGCACCGUGAGCCCGAAAACCCUGCCUUCCGCCGACGAUAACUUUCAGCUGGAUGAGUCAUGGCCGCCCUUGCAGAUGUUCAAUAAUAUGAUGGCCGGUUUCCCAAUGGAAGGUUCUCUUCUCUACUCAUACGCCAAGGAGCCGGCUUCUGCAGACGCGUUCAUUGUCGAGGAUGGCUCCGCAAUACCGCGGGGACAGGGACUGUCUGAUAUCUCGUCGGAUCACUUUAUGCCGUUCCAAAGCAUUUCGCAUGCAUUCCCGUUCACAAAUGAAUCCUGGGCUGAGCCGCUCGCCAGUAUCGAGUCCAUGCCCAGACAAGCUCCUGUUGCCGUUGGUAUGGGUCCGCAGCAAGUCAACCGGGGUUCCAAACACGGCGACGGCUACCAGAACACUAUACAGUUCCUGGAGACGCGCUGGCUUGACAGUCUCGAGUCGCAGUUGCCUAGCAACAUGACCUCGCCCUCGUCGUUUUCUACAUUUCCCCAGCGGCCUAUAAUCAUCAAGGAUGAAGUAACGGGCCAAGACAUGUUUCAGUAUAAGUCUGAAAACUCGUCUGUAUCUGAUGAUAUCCCUGGAACCUAUGAUUUCUACUCUGCUACUGGAGACGACGUCCCGGCUUUCGCGGAUCGCCAACUGGAUGAAGAGUGGAAACUCGAGAAGAACGAGGCAUCGUUAGAAGAUUCAAAUGAACCUCAGACUGCUACUGCAUUUGCUGUGAGCGAAGAUCCAGAGACGCUAUUCUCUUCCGUUCCUUCAAGCUCGAGAGCUUCACCUCUCACUACGCAACGCCCAUCUGCUAGGCCACAACCACUUGCAGUCCAGUCUGCUGCGAUCAAGAAACGCAAAAAACGUACUUCAAUUGUCGCUUUGAAUCAAGAUAGCCACAAGCCAUUGCAGAUUGUUCAGGAAGACGGUCAAGGUGGAUCUAUUGCGUCUGCUGAUUUCGUUUCUCCACCCCGUGGUGCUCGUCGCAAGGGGCCUUUGACCAUGGCUGGUAGGGCUAAUGCUGGAAUGCGAAGAAAGAACAAGGACACUUGCGUCCAGUGUCGGUUGAACAAGCGAAAGUGUGAUGGAAAUGCUCCGUGCGAAGCCUGCCGUCCCACGCUUCAUGAACAGCCAUGCGCCCGAGCAUGUUUCUCAAGCAUUGUCGAGUAUGGAACGUGCAAUUAUAUCUCUCAACGAGCUAUCAACCAUCCGACUUUGGAUAAAUCCGGACGCGUUCGAUUGAAUAUUCCCUCCGAGUUCGACCUGAACGACCUGCUUUCCUUCCUUGGCGAGCGACAGGGCAAAUUCAACAUCCGUGCCAGCCAAGCUUGGGGUUCUCUUUACGUCCUUGACUUAGGAGAAACUUAUAAGUUUCUUCGGGGAUUGAGCGAGUACAAUGGCAACUCCCGCUCAAACUUCCUUGAGUUUAUUGAUCGACGAAUCGUUGAAUCGAAAGACAAAUCUAAGAACUGGUUGACCUGCGUUAAGGACUGUGACCCAAUGCGCAAUAUCUAUACCCUACUAUCCCAAUGGAACAAUAUGCCGAGUCGUGCUAGCUAUAGUUUCAUCCCUCUUGAUGCCGGGAGUGAAGAAAAGCCUAUGGAUGUCAGAAACCCAGAACAUCAGCGAGAAAUCCUUCUCGCAGCACAGCUUUCGCGCAUCGUUUGCCGCAUGCUCGAGGUCGAAGGGUUCCGCAAACUUGAGCGCGAUUUCUACAACAUCAAAUGGAAACAGAUAUCGCAGGAAACCCAUAUGAAUUUCCUCAAGGAACUAGGACACAUCCUUCUCACUCUCCGUUGGCGAGUUUCCUGGUGGAAACGCCUAGGCGAUGGCGGCCGCGAACCCGACCCGACCAAGCAGCACUAUGUAGAACGAGUCGACCUACUCUGCAGGAUUCUUUACGUCUAUUACACUUGCGUCUUGGCGAAACUCCCCUCUUGGUGCGCUUCCGAGGUUCCUAAGGGCAUCUGGUCUACCUACGCUGACGCAGAGAAUCCGGUCUGGGACGACUUCCCGGUUGAUCCUACAGACGACGGUUUCAAGGCGUGGAUCGAGCGAGGGGCAGAGCUCAUCGAGCAAUCUGGGGCGCCCGUCCGAGUUGCGAAGAUUUGA